AUGACUGAUGAAUUGUACAGCUACGUCUCCUCAUCUACGGCCUCUUUUCUGAUAGCAAGAUGGUACACGUUCAGUCGCCACGAGCAAGCGCUUAUACAUGGAUACCGUGCAAAAGGCAAGCGCUAUUCGUUGGCGCCAGCUGCGCCGCUGGGCUUUUGGGGCCUCGCAGCUACGGCCAAACGUCGUCGGCUGGCUGAGGUGACUGGAACAGUACGCCCCGAAGCAGUUGAGCUCGAUUACCAAAGUCACGUUGGUUGGGCCUCGAUCAGAGGAGCCACGCUCCCAGCUCUGAGACGCUGA